CAAAUGUGAUUUGACUUCAUUUUUAUCACGCAAACGGGAGCAAGAACAUUUCAGCACUACUGCUACAUUAUGGGAAACAAAAUACUAUUUCACACAUUUGUUUUGUACAUUUUCAUAACGUCCAAUGUCGCCUGGGCUCAAAAUUGUCAACUAAGCGAAGCGAAUAUGAGACGAGAUUUCAUUUUCAUUCACAAAAAUGAUAUUCUUCGCACGGAUUACAUACCAGAUGGUGAUACCUUGACACUCUAUUGCAAUGAACGUACACAACCGGUGGAUUUAACCUGUAGUCGGGGCGUUCUCCAGGCCAUGCCAGCGGGAGCUGCCUGUACUGAUCGCCUAAAGUUAACGGUGCAAGCAACAAAGAAACCAUGUUCGGCCAGUGGUGUGUCGGGCGAGUUGUACGACAUGGUCUACAAAUGGUCAACGGGCCAUACUAUCACCCUUUACAGCAUUUGCUAUAGUACGCAGCGGGAGACUGUUUUGUAUAGCACUCAUCGAACAUAUGGCUUCAAUUUGGCAACCCCAAUUUACAAUCAAAGACUACGACCCACAUUUAAGCAAUUGGGUCAUAUGAAUGGAGCCCGCGUAAAAUCAUUCGAAGCCGAUGAUGUUUACCAAAGAUUCAAUACACUUUUGGGUCAGCAGCAAACGUACAUUAAGUCGAACAGAGAUUUUGCCCUGCAACGCGGCCACAUGGCCAAUUCUCAGGACUUUCUCACCUAUGAUCAAAUGGAUGCAACAUUUUUGUAUAUGAAUGUGGUGCCAAUGGCACGCGGUUGUAACAUUCGCAAUUGGAAACACGUCGAGAAUUGGAUUCACAAAUUACCCAGCGCAACUACUUAUGCCACGGUGUUGAGCGGAACCCAUGACGUCCAAUAUCUGCAGCACAGUCAAACCCAUCGCUUUGUCCCCAUUUAUCUAAUGGCCGGCGAAAAAAAUCCCAUGCCAAUGUGGUUGUAUAAGGUUGUCAAAUAUAAUAAUCGCUGUCAUGUCUUUGUAACGCUGAAUGAUCAUUCGAAAAAUCCUGCGAUAAGAUCUACAAACAUUUGCCAGCCAACACAAUGUCCUCAGGGUAUAUCGUUUAGUAGCGAUCCAGAGGCAUGUAUAUCUUUUUGCUGUGACUACUCAGAAUUUGUAAAGCAGGUUGGCAAUCACGCUAAAUUGUGUUAAGUUUGAAAGUGUAAGAGUUGAGGACGAAAAUGAAAAGUGUUUGAAUAAUAAAGUCGGUUUUGCCGGCAGAUGUAUACACUCA